GUGAAGCAGGAGGUGCUGGCGGCUCUAGACUGUGGCUACAAACACAUUGAUUGUGCUGCAGCUACAGUAACGAGCAGGAGGUGGGUGUGGCACUGGCUCUGAGGCUGGGACCAGGAAAAGUGAACCACACACACACUACGUUUCCAGGGCUGUUCUACGCUUCCGGGACCAUUCCGGGACCAUUCUGACACAAACACAAUAAUCAGGUAAAGGAAAAGUAGAAGUUUGAUCGAAGAGCAUUAGGAAAACUCUUUUGAAAAGCUGUGCAUGUACACAACAUCACCAAAAGUAUGUGGACACCUGCUCGUCGAACAUCUCAUUCCAAAAUCAUGGGCAUUCAUAUGGAGUUGGUCCCCCCUUUGCUGCUAUAACAGCCUCCACUCUUCUGGGAAGGCUUUCCACUAGAUGUUGGAACAUUGCUGCGGGGACUUGCUUCCAUUCAGCCACAAGAGCAUUAGUGAGGUCGGGCACUGAUGUUGGGCGAUUAGGCCUGGCUCGCAGUCGGCGUUCCAAUUCAUCUCAAAGGUGUUAGAUGGGGUUGAGGUCAGGGCUGUAUGCAGGCCAGUCAAGUUUCUGUAUUGACCUCGCUUUGUGCACAGGGGCAUUGUCACGCUGAAACAGGAAAGAGCCUUCCCCAAACUGUUGCCACUAAGUUGGAAGCACAGAAUCGUCUAGAAUGUCAUUGUUUGCUGGAACUAAGGGGCCUAGCCUGAACCAUGAAAAACAGUUCCAGAACUUUAUUCCUUCUCCACCAAACUUUACAGUUAGCAAUAUGCAUUGGGGCAGGUAGCUUUCUCCUGGCAUCCGCCAAACCCAGAUUCGUCCGUCGGACUGCCAGAUGGUGAAGCGUGAUUCAUCACUGCAGAGAACGCGUUUCCACUGCUCCAGAGUCCAAUGGCGGCGAGCUUUACACCACUCCAGCCGACGCUUGGCAUUGCGCAUGGUGAUCUUAGGCUUGUGUGCGGCUGCUCGGCCAUGGAAACCCACUUCAUGAAGCUCCCAACGAACAGUUCUUGUGCAGACGUUGCUUCCAGAGGCAGUUUGGAACUCUGUAGUGAGUGUUCCAACCGAGGACAGACGAUUUUUACGUGCUUCAGCACUCAGCGGUCCCAUUCUGUGAGCUUGUGUGGCCUACCAAUUUGCGGCUGAGCCGUUGUUGCUCCUAGACGUUUCCACUUCAUAAUAACAUCACUUACAGUUGACUGGGGCAACUCUAGCAGAGCAGAAAUUUGACGGUGCCACAUUGAAAGUCACUGAGCUCUUCAGUAAGGCCAUUCUACUGCCAAUGUUUGUCUAUGGAGAUUGCAUGGCGGUGUGCUCGAUUUUAUACACCUGUCAGCAACGGUGUGGCUGAAAUAGCCGAAUCCACUAAUUUGAAGGGGUGUCCACAUACUUUUGUGUAUAUAGUGUAUGUGUGUCACGUAUUACAUGCGCGUGUUGAUCCCCUGUGGUGUCCCCCAGGCCCUGCGUCAUGAGGAUGUGUUUCUGACCUCUAAGCUGUGGAACACCCAGCAUCACCGUGACUAUGUAGAGACAGCCUGUAGGAAGAGUCUAAUACACCUGGGACUGGACUACCUGGACCUCUACCUCAUGCACUGGCCCAUGGCCUCCCAGUGAGCAAUACACCUAAUCACACCUCGAAUUUGACUGUCCUCACCUCAACAAACACACUUGUACUAGAAACCCUUCCCACACAGGUUGGUCCUCUGAGCUGCCUGUGUGUUCUCCAGGCGUGGGACAGAGCUGAUGCCCAAGCGGGCCGAUGGGAGUGUGUGUUACGACAACAUACACUACUGGGAAACCUGGGUUGCCAUGGAGAACCUGGUUGAUAAGGGGCUGGUCCGAGCCAUCGGUCUGUCCAACUUCAACGGCAGACAAACAGAUGAUGUCAACACCCUCGCCAAACACUGUGGUCAACCAGGUAUGGGACUGUUUGUGUGUGUGUACAGUAUGUUUGUGUAAUCAUGUCUGACUGUGUGUUGGUGUAACUCUGUGUCUUUGUAGGUGGAGUGUCCCAGGCCGAGCUGCUGAGUCACUGCAGGUAGGUGUUUGUGUGUGUGUGUGUAUUCCAGGGCGGUAGAUGUAGGUGUGACGGCCUACAGUCCCCUGGGUAGUGCUGACCAGCCCAGGGACUCGCCUGACGAACCCUGCCUGCUGCAGGACCCUGGACUGGGGGCUAUCGCCAACCACCACAGAAAGACCCCUGCUCAGGUCAUACUCACGUAACACUCAAACACUUCAGUGUAACUAACUAGCUGUAGUGUAAUAGACAAUGCUCAUGUGUCUGUGUCUCUCUAUGUCUCCAGGUGGCAGGUACAGAGAGGGGUGGUCUGCAUCCCCAAGAGCGUCACUCCCUCCAGGAUCCAGCAGAACCUGCAGGUCAGGGGGACAGCGCCAUCUAGUGGAAACCAGUUUGGAAACUACUCACCUCUUCCCCCAAAUGUGACUUUUCGCGAGAGAUGGAGCUGGCUGAGUCUAGGAAACUACAGGCUAUAAUUCUGUGUAGCUGCUGUGAUUGUUUUCUUGAAUGGGCGUUUGUUUGUCUGAUUGACAGGUGUUUGACUUCUCCUUUCGGAUGAAGACCUGA